GCCACAACUAUGAGUCUCUUCAGGUGACAUCGGCCCAGAAGCAUGUCCUCCACGUGCAGCUAAACCGGCCAGAGAAGAGGAAUGCCAUGAACAAGGCCUUCUGGAGGGAGUUGGUGGAAUGCUUCCAGAAGAUUUCCCAAGACUCCGACUGUCGGGCUGUUGUGCUCUCUGGCGCAGGAAAGAUGUUCACUUCAGGUAUCGACAUCAUGGACAUGGCGCACCUCCUGCAGGCCCCAGGGGAUGAUGCAGCCCGCACGGCCUGGUAUCUCCGUGACCUCAUCAGCAAAUUCCAGAAGACCUUCACUGUCAUUGAGAAGUGCCCCAAGCCGGUGAUUGCUGCCAUCCAUGGAGGUUGCAUUGGUGCAGGAGGUGGAUUUGGGCCUGGCUGCCGACGUGGGGACACUGCAGCGACUGCCCAAGGUCAUCGGGAACCAGAGCCUGGUCAACGAGCUGACCUUCACGGCCCGAAGGAUGAUGGCUGACGAGGCCCUGGACAGUGGGCUGGUCAGCCGUGUGUUCCCAGAUAAGGACAACAUGUUGAAUGCAGCCUUUGCCCUGGCGGCUGAGAUUUCCAGCAAGAGCCCUGUGGCUGUGCAGGGGUCAAAAAUCAACCUAAUCUACUCCCGAGACCAUUCCGUGGACGAGAGCCUUGACUACAUGGCCACCUGGAACAUGAGCAUGCUGCAGACCCAGGACAUAAUCAAGUCCGUCCAGGCAGCCAUGGAGAAGAAGGACACCAAAAGUGCCACCUUCUCCAAGCUCUGAGUGCCUUCCUGAUCCUGAGAGAGGAAGGCUCCGUGGAGGGUCAGUGCCUUCUUCCAUGUGGUCGCCCAUUGUACAAGCUUACGACUUAGUUCUUCAGGGGCCUUAUCUUCACUGUGAACAAUAAAGUUUGAACACAG